AGAGAAGAAAAUAAGAAGGGAAUGGCGAGAGUCUUCGUCUCUAUCCCAAUGCAACCCACACAAACAAUCUUCUCCGCAUCUUCUUCUCAGCCGCCGGCGAACAAAUUUUUCGAUGGAAUAGGAGGAGGAGCUGCGGGAUUAACUCUUACCCGGAGAAUCAGAGACAGUUCUGUGGUGACGCGAGCAGGCCCGAGUACGAGUAGCUACUUGCUCGCCUUCGCCAUUCCUGCUACUCUUAUCGCUGCCACUGUCUUUACUUCUAUCAAAAUUGCUGAUAAGCUCGACGAAGAUUUCCUUGAGGAUAUUGCGUUGAACCAAGCGAUGAAAGCAGCAGAGAAUGGAGAGAAUGGUGAACGAGACAUGUCACUGGACGAUGUGAUUCAAGAACCUGUGCUUCAACGAACACGGAACCGGCCUAAACGUGAAGUUUAAUAUACACACACACACAUAAACAUCUUGUUAAGAUUCUUCAGUGAUCUUGUGACUCUGUAAUACAUCUUGUAUUUUCUAUAAGGAUGUAACGUAAGCUUGUAGCCUUCCUAGCGCCAUCUAUAGUUGUAGUUCCUGGUAAACAUUAUUGUUUGAUCAUAUGUAAAAAAUGAAAAAAACUGCUGCUUAUUGCAUUUUUUGAGCA